CACCAAGCCAUAUUCUAGGACACAUAGGUGCCAAGCUUAACAAUACUCAGUACGGAGUACUCGACCGAGUCUAUUCAUAGAAUAGAAGUCCUUCGUACUUGACCGGCGUAAGAGCCAUGCCGGAUGCCACGCCUGAGUUCUACACCGUUUGGAAAAUUCAAGAGCGUCUGACUAUACCCGAUCCAGAGGAAACGAAGACGAGAUACCAUACAUACCUAUUUAUCCAGAAAAAUGACACCUCCAACAAUGGCUCCAAUGAUACUCCUACUCCUCCUGGAGAUGUAAGCGGCUGGACCCACGAAGUUACCGGCGACAUAGCCACCUCCACAGGGAUGAUAUAUAUUCACAAAUCCGUUACCGCUUCACCCGAGUAUUCCGGGGCAUUCUACGCCAAGCACCUGCUGGGUCGGGUUCGAGCGGAUGCGUAUCCGGGCAAUGUGGAUGGUGUAUGUCGCUCGAUCAAACCGCCGGGGUGUCAGAAGAAAUUCAAUAUGGUGACGAUGAGGUAUGAAGGGGUUGUUUCUGAUGAUGAUGGCGAGGGAGGGAGGAAGUGGAGGUUUUACGAACCUGGAGAAGAGCGGAAGGGAUAUUUUAAGUGUACAGAGUGGGUGGAGCGGAACGUUGUACCGAAGUUGCAGCGGGAUGGGAUCCUUGUUGAUUGAUCGCCCGAUGGACAGGGCGGAGCGGGGCGGAGCCGGCAUGGUUUACCCUUGGCACUUAGCUCGAAGAGCCUGGGUGGAUUCUAUUAUAUAGUUGUCGCUAGAACACUUCUGAUAUAUGUUGCUCUCCCUCAGAUAUGAGUUGCGCUCGUUAAUAUAGAGCUCAAGCGGAGCCAUCAAACCCAGAAUCUUCCCAUAUACAAUACGUCGGAUCUAUAUGUAUAUAUAUAUCUGAGGAGAGCAGAGUACCAAAAUAGGCCUGGACAGCUGCAAAUAACUGUUGAUUUGGUUUUCUAAUCCAAAA